AUGGAGUGCUGGCCUUCUGACCAGGGCCAGUGGUGCGUCCGGGCCUCUCUUUUCGGAUCCUUUGGGCAACUCAGCGGCGACGCUUCUGCCGUAUCGGGCACCCAGAAAGUCAAGAUCGAAUACGAGCUUCUCUCGGAUAACAAUACCUGGCGCCAGACCGUCACCGAUGCCGACACUGGUGCAAAGCUCAGCUCGUUUGAGCACAAGUCUGGCCCCUUUAUGAGAGGCUAUGGCACUGGAACUGAGUGCAAUGCCAACUGCAGUCCUACUAUUGCGUCGCAGAAGUACAUAGACACCGUUAUCACUCUUGCAAGCCCCGAUACUGGUUUUGGAAAGACGAUUGCCACCGCUCAGAAGGCCAUAUAUUCUGGUCUCUCGAGCAGCCAGAAUGGAAAGGUUUGGACUAUCAAGGAGAUCAAUGUCCCUGCGAUGGUCUGA